AAGAAAGGGAGGAAAAAAUCAGCUGUUACCGGUUUUUUAAAUGAAAACAUUUGGGUUUAUUUAUUUCUGGUGCGUUUGCUGCUUAAAUGGUGAUUUUCAGCAUGAUUCUGUCAAAAGUUUGGUUUACUUUUUCUUUAGAAUCAAACCAAGGAGGUGAAACUGGCUGGAAGAAAGGACUUUACGAACCUCAAAUUUAUCCAGACAAUUACAUUCCACCGACAUUUCUACAGGAUCUUCGUAAAAACGUUAACUUACAGUAUUACACAUUGAAAGAAGCAAUAAUCCAUUCUGGUGCUUUGACUCAGGAGAUAAAUUGUAUUAUUAUUUUUAUACAAGUUUUCAACCUUCUACAAUCAGAUGAUAAAUCUUCAAGCUACACCUGUGUUUAUAUAGGAAUAAUAACAUUACUUCUUUACACCACACUGAUUUUAUCUUCAAAAAGUGACGAUGUUAUUGGUGAACUAAAAACUGGAAUAAUUUUGAUCUUCAGUGGAUUUGCAGUUUCACCGAUUCUCAAAACGCUAACUGAAACUAUUAGCACCGACACAAUUUACGCCAUGGUUACACUGAUGAUGAUUAUUCACUUGAUAUUUUUCGAUUAUGGAGUCAAAGUCGCAAUAGUUAGUCCAUCAUUAUCUUUAAAUAGUGCCAUUUUUGCUGGAGUGUGUCUUGCAUCUCGCUUAGCAUCGAGUUACCAAGCGUUUGCUCUAUUAACCUUCGCCACUGACAUUUUUGUCCUAUUCACAAUCUGCCGAUCCAAGCUGAGGGAUAUUAUUCCAGUCUGGGUCAAUUAUUUUAUCACUUGCUUGUUGACAUUUAUUUCAUUAAUUCUUCUUUUAAAACUUAGCAGUCCAAUUUUUUCAAUAAUUUAUAUUAUUUUGCUUAUAUUUGUAAAUCUAAUUCUUCCGUAUAAUUUUUGGUCAUUACAAUCGUACAAAGAAAAUAUUUAUGGUCCCUGGGAUGAAGCAGUAAUUAAAAAAGAUGACUUGGAUAACUAGAAAGUAAUGAGAUCUUUGUACGUCAAUUAAUUUUAUACUAUUAAUAAAUGAAAAAAGUAUUUUUGA